AUGGCGAUGCAAACUGUUUAUCUUAAAGAACAUGAAGGAAAUGCACACAAUUUUGUAGGGGCCUUGUCAUCUGCAGCUUCAGCACCCUGGUGGAGUGUUUUUGGAUCUCAACCUGUUCAUGGGGGAGAGUCUUGUGGCCAAAUGAAACCCUUUUCUUUGGAGCUUCCUAACUGCAUAGGCCAACUUGCUGCCAGUAAGACUGCGACAAGAGGAGCUGAACAAGUGUUAGGCAAAGGACAUAAAACUCAGUUUACCAUCUUUCCAGAUGAUUGUAAAUUGUCAGAUGAUGCACAGACGCUUCAGACAACCAUAUCACUGCAGCCAUCACUUGCUGACUCUCAGUCACGUUUUGAGAUAGGAUUUAGCCAGCCCAUGAUAUGUGCAAAAUAUCCUUAUACGGAUCAAUUUUAUGGGCUCUUCUCAGCUUAUGCACCUCAAAUUUCGGGACGUAUAAUGCUGCCACUUAACAUGACAUCUGAUGAUGGACCAAUAUACGUCAAUGCUAAGCAGUACCAUGGAAUCAUUAGGCGUCGCCAAUCCCGCGCCAAAGCUGUACUUGAUCACAAACUGACUAAACGUCGCAAGCCUUAUAUGCACGAAUCACGCCAUCUCCAUGCAAUGCGGCGACCAAGAGGAUGUGGAGGUCGCUUCUUGAACACGAGGAAAUCUGCUAAUGGAAAUGGCAAAACUGGAAAUCAAGUGCAUGAAACUAUUGGUGAACAAUUUCAUUCCAGUGGCUCUCAGAGUUCUGAAUUCCUUCAGUCUGAGGCUGGAACUUUGAAUUCAUCAAAAGAGACUAAUGGCAGCAGUCCAAAUAUUUGUGGUUCAGAGGUGACUAGCAUGUAUUCGCGGGGAGGUCUCGACAGAUUUUCCCUUAAUCAUUUUGGAUCUGCUGUCAACACUCUGGCAGACAUGAUAGAUGGUGGGCGUGGUAUGAUGAUACCCCCCAAAUGGGUUGCAGCAGCAGGUAGCUGCUGCAACCUUAAAGUUUGA